CUUCGAGUUUGUUAAUAUAGCUUUGUUCAGGAACCUGGUCGUUUUAGCGCAGGUUAAAUGGUUUAAACCGCGGUUUAUUUGGCUGUUUUCACCGCCUGCUGUAGUUACAGUGUUCUUGUAAAAGGUGAAGUGGUGUAAUGCAGCGUGUGUUAGCAGUGUGUGAGCCACUGGGCACUCUUAUACCUGGGCCCCGCCCACUGGAGGGGAAGUCCUUUUACCUGGAUGAGGUGAAGAGUCACUCGUGCGGCGUCCUCACGAAAAUCAUCAUCCGCCUCGGAGGGAGAGUGGAGAGUUUCCUCUAUAAGGAUGUGAACGUUGUCAUCACUGGAAACAGGGACGCCCUGACCAACGUCACGGCCUCAGCGGGAAAGGUCAAAGUUCAUAGUUAUUCUUGUGAGCAGAGAGGGCAGGGGAAUGAUGCAGCUCAGCGUCCGGGAACCCCAAGAGCACUGGUGUGUGGCAGCCGAGGAAAGGCCCUGUUGGAGAAAGCCAUCCGCAAUAACGAGCAGUCUCGGGGUGGUGUGCUGUCCAGCGCCACUCGGUACUGGGGGGUGAAGAUUGUGUCUGUAGACCAGUUUAUGAAGGUUGUAGAAGAGCUGAGCACACACUGCAGGAGAGAGGAGAAGAAUUCAAGUGGAUGUUCGAGUGUGCGCGUCAUCAAAGCUGGCAGUCUGAAGGUGGACUUUGUGAAGGUGGAGGACUCGAGCAGGAAGUACAGGCCGCUGCAUGGCCAGUCUCUGGAUUUCCCCAUGCUGAGCUACAAGAGACGAUUCAGUCCUUUUGAGAAUCCUGCCCCAGUGCAGCCUGGGAAAACGAAAGAAGACAAGCAUCAUAAAGAUAAAUUUAGAAAAAGCGAAGAAACGAUCAGUAGUCAUGAUGAUAAACCAUUGGCAACUCCUUCUCCCAAAAUAUCUCGCAGAAAGAGGAGCAUGGGCUACUGCGAGUGCUGCCACAUCAAGUACAAGGAUCAGCAUGAGCACUUGCAGUCUGAUGUUCAUCAACGCUUUGUGGAGGACGUGAGUAACUUUGCCGUGGUGGAUCAGUUGGUGGCUGCCAUGGAUGCCGUUUUCUCAAGCUGUCGAGAUCCACAGCUUGAUGCACCAAUGACGAGGUUGUCAAGCAACUCUGUUGUGCCACCUUCUGAAUCGGAGCUACAGUGUAAAAGUGAAAUAGAAACCUGUGAGGAAAAUCAAGAGGCAGAACCUGCAAGCAAUAUGGAAGUCCAGCGAGAUUGUUUUGGUGACUCCUCAGUUCUCCCUCAGGAACCUCGUGUCGAUAUCAGUCUUUACACAUCCUUGGAAACCAAGCUUGUGGAUGAAAAACUAAACUCAAGCUCAAACUAUGGACCCUGUGUUCCCAGUCCUCGCCAACAGGACGAUUUUAUUUUUGACACUAAUCCUCCAGAGCAUGCUUCACCUUCUCUGGGGGUGGGGUCAGAUGGUCAUAAACCCAGUACUCUCCAGGGACUUGCAGAAAUCUGUCCGAGACCUUUAAUUAGACAAGAGGUUUCAGUAAAUCAUGGCAGAGAUUCAUCACAGUGUUUAAGAAGUCCCAAGCAACAUCAGGAAGAUCAUGUGAAUGAUUUACCUUCAUGUGCACAGUUAAUGGAAAGGGAACGGACACCCCUGGUAGAUGCCGCCUCUUGCUCUUCAUUUCGGUCACUGUCUAUGAACAUUUCAGAUGCCGUGAACCCCAGGAAGCGCAGCAGAUCCUUUACCCUACGCCCAAAGGCCUCAAAGAUGAGGCGGACUAACCUGUGGUCUGAUCCAACCAAUCAGAACAGUGGUGUUGACAUCAGAUUUGAUCAUGUACAGCAAAACGUGAUUAACAGGUGCAGAGACCAUAGUGACGUUCCUGAGCUUGAAACUACAGUGCAGGAUUCUUCGCCAAACUUUCCCCUCGCUAACAUGGCAGCUCCAGAGGAUCGUUUGUCUUUCCGGAAUGAUCAGCAGGUCUGUGAACUAUACCUAAACAAUGAAACUCAUGAUGUUUCAUCAGAACCCAAUCCUCCUCAGCUGUACCCUUUCUUCCUCGAUGACGUCUACCAAAAUCAACCACCAUUUCCUGACCCUCCAAAACUUGCCCCCAUUGUUCCCUUUCCUUCUACAAAUAAGAGCUCCAGUGCUUCUGUUCCAUCUCAGACCUUUUCGUCCAUCUGCAUCGAGUCUGCACUCGUCCCAGACACUUUUUCCCCUGCUUCUUCUGAAUCUGAUUGGGAUUCCGGCCUCCUGUCACGGUUGGCACCACCGGUUCACCUCCAGCCCAAAGAGGGGUCCUGUGAGCUGGACUUGGGGUUGCUUCUGCAAAGUUCUUGUGCCGGGAUGCAGGAUGGAAGCUACACAUCCCGACUGUGUUCUGUUCUGCAGCCCACCGCUUCAUCAUCACACGCUGGUUUUGGAGAGCCGAAUACCGUGUACCGACCAAUCGAGACGAUGGACAGGCGAAUAAUUCAGAGCUUGGGAGUGUAGUAGCAGGACUGCGACUGAACACAUCGGUCAAUUUCAUACUGUAGCUCAGUUGAAACGUCUUCAUUUUGGAUAAGUGUUAUCUGAGCUUGUAAGAUCAGUUGAUGCUAAUCUGGUUCCAACAGCGUAACAUUUGUGUUGGAGUGCUUUAAGAUCUUUCACAUAUAAGAUCCACAUUGCAUUAGCUAACUUGAUUAGCCGUAUCGGCUCUGGACUGGACUGGGAAAACCUUCUGGAAUAUACGUUGCCUUUUAUGCUUCAGCAGUGCAGUGAAGUAUUCGACCAGAGACAGGUGUUCAAGAUCCCAGAUUUUUUUUUUUUUCUUCCUCCCUCCCCAGGGCUUGAGGAAGCACUACAAGGGAUGGGACACGGAAACCAUCAUGCCAAGAUCACAAUAAUCCGAAUCCCAAGCAGUUUUCUGCUAAUGAAUUUGCAGAGCAGUAGCACUUAUAGCAUGUUCAACUCUCCAGGUGAUGUAAUAUAUGGCUAUGGUCAUGGUCUGCUUUGUAAGCAGCCAUCAAACCAAAGAAUACUGUACAACCUGUAGGUGUACAGGUUGUACUCUAGUGAGGUUUGGGUCACAUGGUGUUGGCCAGUCGAGUGUAGUGCACAUAAAGGAACAAGCUAAUCUGAAGUCGUUAUUAUUAAUAUUAAGCAUUAGUGUAAACUAUCAGACCAUUCAGGAUUGCGCUCUCCACAUCAUCUCGACCUUUUGGCAGCGUAAGAAAGCUUUUUGUUCUCAUCGUUUCACGAACAGCACCCGAGAGCGAGUGCUUGCAUUGAGUGUUUUAAUGAAGCGCCACUGCAGGGGGCGUCGGGCAAUUAGUUUAAGUGCUGCGCCUGGACAUAUUCCCACUAAUACGGUAGAGGAUGAAGUGUCGAGUCAGCGCUGGACAAUUAACUUUUCAUAAUACAUUGAAAAGGAUGAACUUGUCAUUUAUGUAAGUGUCCUGAAGGACAGGAUGGAUUAGACGUUUUGGGUGACUAGUUAAUAAGUUGGCGUAAAAGCACAGGAUUGUUUUUUUUGUAGCGUUAAUGAGGAGCCUUGAGGUUCUAUACAGAACUUUUUAAAAAUUGUGUUUUGCUGUCAGUCAAAAAUUUAUUUGAGUGAGCCUUGUAAACGAGACGUGGAAAUCCCAAAGGGUUUGGAGAUGUUGGUGUUCGUGUUGGUUACACAAGCACUGUGUGUGAGAGAGAAGUGAGUGGUGUUUAACUCACUCCAGAACUCCACACUCCUGCAACUAAUCAUCCAUGUUUUCUUUCUUAAACAUAAUCCAAGCUGAAAGAGCAGGAAAAACUCAUCAUGCGUCAGAACACACCCAUCAUGUUUCUGGAAUUUUAUUUCAAAUUUGUAGGGGUUUUUUUUUUUUUUCCCCCCCAAAAAAACUUUUAUUUUUUAAGCUUUUUUCAUCUACCACAUCACUGUGUGGGUUUUUUUUAUUUUAUUUUUUUUAUUUGAAUUUUUUUUCUUUUUUUCUGGAAAGCUUGUGUUUUUUAAAACCUAUGUGAAUUGCUUUUAUGAAUUAAAAAGAUUGCUCACUGAAA